GGCGAUAUUAUAUAUUAUAAACAUGGCUACUCUUGACGAUAAAAUCUUAGGAGAAAAACUACAUUACUAUUGUAGCAGUGACAGUGAAGAGGAAGAUGAGACAGAAAACUGCGAUCAGGGUAAAGAUGAAAGAGAUAAAGAACUCGAAGAAAAAAGAUCGGCAAUAUCAGAGCCAACUUUUAUACCAGAACCGGAACUGAAGGAAUGGGAAGGGUCAUCAGUGAAUACUGGUCCAAAAGGUGUAUUGAAAGACUGGCAGAGGUUCAAACAGCUAGAAGUGGAGAAAAGAGAAGAACAAGAAAGAGAGAGACUGGAUUUAAUAAAAAAGUUAUCAAUGACUUGUCGUUCUCAUCUACAAGAAGAGGAAGCUAAGAAAAAAGAAGAUGAUGUAGACAGAGAACUACAAGAGCUUUUAGAUGAUAGUGUUUUGAAAGAAUACAUGCAGAAGAGAAUGGAGGAAAUGAUGCAGCAAGUGCAAAUUUGGCCAAAGCAUGGUAAACUUAUAAGACUGAAAAGUGGGCAAGAAUUUCUAGAUGCCAUAGACAAAGAGAAGUUGGGGGUGACAGUAAUAAUACAUAUUUAUACUCAGGAGAGUCAGGGCUGUGAAGCUAUGAAUGGCUGUUUACACUGUUUGGCCCAAGAAUAUCCUCAAGUAAAAUUCUGUGCAUUAGAAGCAUCUUCAGCAGGAAUGAGCAAACAUUUUGAAGAAAGUGGGGUUCCGGCACUCCUUGUGUAUAAAUCUGGAAACUUAAUUGGAAACUUUGUUCGAUUAACUGAUGAGUUUGGAGAAGACUUUUUUGCAGUAGAUGUGGAAAGCUUUCUUGUUGAGCAUGGAAUGCUUCCUGACCAAAGCUUAAUCCCACAGAUUUCCAAAUCUAAACAUGGUGGACGUGGGCAAGACAACAAUGAAAGUGACAGUGACUUUGAUGUGGAAUGAUUAAUUAAAAAAAACAAAUAAGAUCUCUUGAAAGACUUUUUCUACUUUUAAGUUUUGUGAUAGUGAUGCAUCUUUUAUUAGACUGUUUUGAUGCAAAUAAAUAAUGUACCUUAUUUUACCAAUCCAUUAACUUUUGUAUGGAACUUAUAAUAAAGUGGUCUUCAGGAUAAGAAACAUUCUUACUAUUCAUCAGUAUCAAUUUAGAGGAAUGUACUUCAGAAAAAUAGACAAUUCUUUUUAUUGUUGUUUUUGAAUAUUUGUGGUUUUCUGUACUUGUGCCGGUAUGCAUACAGUGUAUUCCCAAAUAACAUCUUACGUAUAUAUACAUUUAUGGGUAAAUCAACAAAUAAAUAGCUAAUGGUCGUAGUUAAUCAAUAUAUAAAAGGAUUGUAGAAAUUAUGUCGAUCUCUUCUUGAGAAAAAUCUUUGUAUUUAAAAAUCCCCCUUUCAUGCAGAUCCUUUCUAAGGAUUUUAUGGAUUAUUUCAUAUCAAAUCUUGUUUAAGUUAAACAAACAAAAUACAUUCAAUAAUUUCUAGAAAAACAAAUGUUUCUGGUAUAUAAUGGCAAUAAUUUAAUGCAACUAUGUUCUUGUAAAAACAGUCAAAAUAUUAAGCUCUUGUAUCAUAGAGAGAGUAUAAACAAAAAUUUAAGUAUUUCAGAUGCCAAGUUACUUGUAGUCUUCUCUAGAUAUUAUACUUGUGUUCCAUACAAUUUAUAUUCAUGGUUACAGAAAAGCUAGAUAAGAGUUAUCAGUAAGAAAAAGGAGUGUGUAAUCAGCACAGUUUUGAUUGUGUUGAUGAGGUUUGGUUUGUUCCACUUAGCAGAUGUUGACAUUCUAUCAUUGUAGGUUUAGAUAAUGUUCAGCUGUACAUAUGGUAAGUGUGAACUUUCAUCCAGUAUUUUGUGUUAAAUCCAAGGUGAAGUCUUGAAGAGUGUUAUUUUUUCAUUUGUAGUAUAAUUAAUGGUUCAAAAGGUACAGUUUCAGAUCUUUCAAAUUGAGUUUUGUGUAAUUCUCAUUUGAAUGUUGUUCCUACUUAUUACUUGCUGUAAUAGAAGAUAAAAAAAAAGUGCUUAAAAUGUAUUUUUGUUAAGCUCUAUCAUUUAAAUGUGUCAGAUACAGCUUUUGUGUUUUUCCAAUAAAAUUCAUCUCAUUCUA